CCACAAGAAAAACAAAAUACGGGAGGAGCAUAAAACUUUAUUUUCGCCGCAAAUGAGUUUAGAAAUGAGCAAUAUUAAUGGCGGGAACGGCACCCUACAGCCGAAGCCAAAGGAUAUAAUCGCCCUGUGCAACAUUUUGAAGAAAUACAACUUCAAGAAUACGGAGGAACUACUGUGCCAGGAGGCCAACUUGAGGCCCGAGGAUUUGGGUUCUAUAAGUGAAGCCGAAGUACAGCAGGUGCUCAACUCUGCUCUGCGACCUGCAGAUGGAGAUCAGGAUCGAGAGCAUGACCUUCCGCAGAAGGCGAAGCUGUCGGCGGUUACAGAGGCGAAUGCGACAGAGGCACUGGCAAAAUUCAUUGGCGACGAAGGCUUCGACGCGCAACAAUAUGAGCAGGCCUAUGAGGAGCUGCGCGCCUUCGUGGAAGACUCGUUAGACAUAUACAAGCACGAGCUGUCCAUGGUGCUGUACCCCAUUCUGGUUCAGAUAUAUUUCAAGAUGCUCGCCAGCGGUCUGAGGGAUAAGGCAAAGAACUUUAUUGAAAAGUACAAGUGCGAUCUGGAUGGCUACUACACGGAGGGCCUUUUUAACCUGCUUCUUCUCUCAAAGCCAGAGGAAUUGCUGGAUAACGACUUGGUAGUCGCCAUGGAACAGGAUAAGUUCGUUAUCCGAAUGUCCAGGGACUCCCAUUCACUGUUCAAGCGUCAUAUCCAGGAUCGCCGACAGGAGGUGGUGGCCGAUAUUGUGUCGAAAUACCUGCAUUUCGACACCUACGAAGGAAUGGCUCGCAACAAGCUUCAGUGCGUAGCCACGGCUGGGUCCCACAUCGGAGAAGCCAAGCGGCAAGACAAUAAAAUGCGGGUCUACUACGGCCUGCUCAAGGAGGUAGACUUUCAGACGCUGACCACACCAGCUCCGGCGCCGGAGGAGGAGGACGACGACCCGGAUGCCCCCGAUCGUCCAAAGAAGAAAAAGCCUAAAAAAGAUCCCCUCUUGUCGAAAAAGUCCAAGUCGGAUCCAAAUGCUCCCUCCAUCGAUAGAAUUCCCUUACCCGAGCUCAAGGAUUCGGAUAAGCUGAUUAAGUUAAAAGCUCUGAGGGAGGCCGGCAAGCGACUGGCCCUAAGUAAGGAUCAACUUCCCUCCGCCGUCUUCUACACGGUCCUAAAUUCGCAUCAGGGCGUGACAUGCGCCGAGAUCUCAGACGACUCCACGUUGCUGGCGUGCGGCUUUGGCGACUCAAGCGUGAGGAUUUGGUCCCUGACACCUGCUAAGCUGCGUGCGCUCAAGGAUGCGGAUGCCUUGAGGGAGUUGGACAAAGAAUCUGCCGACAUAAGUGCCCGCAUGCUGGACGAUCGGAGCGGGGAGACGACCAGGUCAUUUCUGGGUCACACCGGGCCCGUCUAUCGCUGUGCCUUUGCUCCAGAAAUGAACCUUUUGCUGUCGUGCUCUGAGGAUACCACGAUUAGGCUUUGGUCUCUGCUUACGUGGUCCUGCGUGGUCACCUACCGAGGUCACGUUUAUCCCGUGUGGGAUGUCCGUUUCGCACCACACGGAUAUUACUUCGUGUCCUGCUCGUACGACAAGACAGCUCGUCUGUGGGCCACCGACUCGAAUCAGGCUCUGCGGGUCUUCGUCGGCCACUUAUCCGACGUGGAUUGCGUGCAGUUUCAUCCUAAUUCUAACUACGUGGCCACCGGGUCCAGUGAUCGCACUGUGCGCCUGUGGGACAACCUGACGGGCCAGUCGGUGCGCUUGAUGACGGGUCAUAAGGGAUCUGUAAGUUCGCUUGCUUUUUCGGCCUGUGGGCGGUACCUGGCCUCCGGAUCUGUGGACCACAACAUCAUAGUCUGGGAUCUGUCUAGCGGUUCACUGGUCACCACUCUGCUGCGCCACACCAGCACCGUCUCCACAAUCACGUUCAGUCGCGAUGGAACUAUUUUGGCAGCCGCCGGUUUGGAUAACAACUUGACCCUGUGGGACUUCCAUAAGGUAACCGAUGACUAUAUCAGCAACCACAUAACUGUGUCGAACCACCAGGACGAGAACGACGAGGAUGUAUACCUGCUGCGCACGUUUCCGAGUAAGAACUCUCCGUUUAUCAACCUGCACUUCACCCGCCGCAACCUGCUCAUGUGCGUGGGUCUCUUUAAGAGCUAGGAUCAGAGUUAGGAUUAGUCGCUAUACGUAAUCUAAUUGUAAGCAGCGCACGAAACAUCUAAGAUUAAUGUUUUAUAUCACACAUCUUGGAUUAGAGUUUGUAAAAAAUAAAUUCAUAAAUGUACAUUGAGAA